UUUUGUUUGCUAGUCGGACCUUUUUUUUUUGCGACCACCAUCCUACCGUACUAAAUACCGGAGUAUUUUUCCUGCGACACCUCCCUCCCUUUCAUUUCUCCAGACACAGUUCUAUUUUCUGUUCUCAAACAUGUCGAGUUCCUACAAAAACAGGAUUCAGGAGUUUAAGACAUCACUGAGCGAGGAGAAGAUCGACCUGAAGGCACUACGGGAGCUCUGCUUUGGUGGAAUUCCUUUCGAGGGCGGGAUUCGAUCUCUGUGCUGGAAGAUCUUGUUGAACUUCCUGCCCCUGGACCAGACACUAUGGGAUUCGUUCCUGAAAAAGCAGAGGGAGAUUUAUUCCCAGUUUCUGAAGGAGAUGAUCAUCCAGCCGGGAAUCGCUAAAGCUAAUCUGGGUCUCUCCAGAGAGGACGUGACCAUGGAGGAUCACCCUCUCAAUCCGAAUCCGGAGAGCCGAUGGAACAACUACUUCAAGGAUAACGAAGUUCUGUUACAGAUCGAUAAAGACGUCAGGCGUUUAUAUCCCGACAUGGCGUUCUUCCAGAGACCCACCGAGUUUCCCUGCCAGCUGAUCCUUGACUCGCAGAACGAGUACGAAACUCUGCGCAGACGGGUGGAACAAACCACACUUAAAGCACAGACCGUCAACCGUAACCGCAGCGGAGUCACCAACGUGAGCUCCCCGGGCAAGGCGCUGAACCUGUACCCAUCCAACGAGUACGAGGUUUUGCCGAAUGGCUGCGAGGCACACUGGGAGGUGGUGGAGCGAAUCCUGUUCAUCUACGCUAAGCUGAACCCGGGCAUCGCCUAUGUACAGGGCAUGAACGAGAUCGUCGGGCCGAUUUACUACACCUUCGCCACUGACCCCAACCCACAGUGGAAAGAGCACGCGGAGGCCGACACGUUCUUCUGUUUCACCAAUCUGAUGUCGGAGAACCGUGAUAACUUCAUUAAGAGCCUGGACGACUCGCAGUGCGGCAUCACGUACAAGAUGGAGAGCGUCUUCUCCAUGCUCAAGGAGAAGGACCUGGAGCUCUACAUGAAACUGGAGCAGAAUAUAAAGCCGCAGUACUUUACGUUCCGAUGGCUCACUCUGCUGCUCUCUCAGGAGUUUCUGCUGCCGGAUGUGAUCCGGAUUUGGGAUUCGCUUUUCUCCGAUCAGGAUCGUUUCCACUUCCUCAUACUCGUCUGCUGCGCCAUGCUCACUUUAAUUCGUAAUCAGUUGCUGGCGGGAGACUUUACAACAAACAUGAGAUUACUCCAGGAUUACCCUAUUUCAGACGUACACACCAUCCUCAUCAAGGCUAAGGAACUGCAGGACAGCUCAUAGCUCACACACACCCCGCUCCUCGUACAGAGAAACCACGGCAACCAGUAACCACAAUGACAACCAGAGCGGCGCCCAUUGCAUCCUGGGAAGGACGUUAUCUUUCUGUCAUUGCAUUAUGGGCAAUUACGGGAGAAAACCUCACGCAUCGGCUCAUGGCUCGUGACCGGUGCCUCUCGUAGUCAGACUUUGUGUGUGUGUGUGUGUGUGUGUGUGUGUCUGUGUGUGUGGCUUUUGUUUGCACUGAACACUUGAAAAGGAUUCGUCAGUGUCCAAAACACUCUCCAAAUUUACAAUCCAAGUGAAGGGUUAAGUGUUUUUUCUUAAUUUUUAAAAAAAAAAAGAAAAAAGUUUUACUUUAUAAAUGUCUGUUUUUUUAUUUUAGUGUUCCUUUUUUUUUUGUUUUGUUUUGUUUUUUUUACAAUGGAUGUGUUCAUGAUUGAAAAGGGGAGGAAAUGAAAUUUAGCAGCAGCGCACACCACGAACAAACACAUAUUCGACACUAAGCACGUGCCGGUAAUCAGUUAUAUGAUGUUUGAGCCCAAAAAAAAACAAAAACCGCCGCAUAAAUGUCUAGUCACACUUUAUCAACGCUCCACUGUUAUUGCAUACGAUUUUGGCGUAUGUUAUCCUCUGCGUCACUCAACAUUUCUACUUUAUACUGUAAUGCAAUAACGAGGGAUUAAUAUAGGUCUAUGUCCUAAAAAUGCAUCACACCACAGCGCUGCUGAGUUCUGGACUCUGAUUGGUCAGAAGGUGUUGAUUAGUUUUCUAUAACAGCAGCUCUGACAGGUUUAUAUCGUUCGGAUAUGUUAUCGUUUCGUAUCGGUGGGGGGUGUUUGUUUGUUUGUUUUUUUGGUCUUAUCAGCUUCGGGAGUAAGAGUAAAAAAAAAGUUGUUUCACCAACUUUCCAUAGCUAUAAGCGAUUUAAGAAUGUGGUAUAAGAGGAACAAAACACGUGCUGUUAUAGGAAAAUACACAAUCAGCAUUGUGGAGGUAACAGUAACUCCGCUUCAUCACGCCAACACCAUGUCAUUUUAUUCUUUACGCUAUCACUACACUGAUUAGCGUUGUUCCUCAUUAUCCAUGUCUGUGAAACGCUCAUGGUGAAGGGAAUUAUGGGAUAUAAUCAGGACCUGAACACAGGAACGUGCUUAAACGUGAAUAAAGGAUGGCAUGUCGGUGAUGACAGUAUUGUGUGUUUUGGUUAUCUUGUGCGAUCUGUUGUGUAAUUGAUUAUUGGCACAUGUCUGCAUGGGCUCGGGGAGAGCCAACACUAUGUAAAGCCGAAAUCUCCAUGUAUUAAUGUAUAUUUUUUAUUUUCUUUCAUGUUCUCUCCAUUCCUGUUCUCCAGGUUCUGCUGUAAUUGGAGAUUUUGCUGUGAGUGUGUGUGUGUGUGUGUGUGUGUGUGUGUGUUUAGAAAAUCGGUGAUGUUUUUAGUCACCGAUACCUUUUCCACUGACAUGGAGCCAGCACUGAUCCGGUUCUCUGAACUGUUACAUCAUCAUGUGGGCGGAGCUUACAGGCUGAGCUUAACUUCAAGAACUUAUUUUAUUGUCCAAUCCCUUACGUCUCGGUUUUUUUUUAACGUAUUGAAUGACGUGCGUCACAGAGUCAACGAGGGCGGAGUUUAAGUUACAUUUGAUUGCAGACUCAAUCAGCUGGCUAGCAAGCGGCGCUGCUGGAUUAAAUAACAAUAAAAUAGCGCUGCAUUGUGAUUAGAUCACUCGCUAGUCUGAGUGAAGUGGGUGUGGCCUCUGUGACGUUAGUCCUGGUGAGAGAGGCGUGGCCUCUGUCCAUGUUCUUGCUAGAAAUGGAGGUGUGGCCUUUUUGCCUGUUCUUCCUAGUGAUGGAGGUGUGGUCUUUUGUGAUGUCAGUCCUAGUGAUGGAGGUGUGGCGUAUGCACCUGUCAGUCCUGGGAAAUGAGGUGUGAGCUUUGUGAUGUCACUCAUAAUUUGAACCUUUUUACCUGUUAGUCAUAGUGAAGUGGGUGUGGCUUCUGUACCUGCCAUUGCCAGUCAAAGUGGCUUCUUUUGACUGUCCAUCCUAGUAAAGUAGGAGUGGCUAAGGUAUGACCAAUGUGCCGGUAAAGAAAGUGUGGCUAUAUAUGUGUCUGUCAGAUCCAGGAAAAGGGGUGUGGCCUCUGCAAAUGUCAUUCCUAAGGAAGGAGGCGUGGCCAUCUCUCUCAAGAUAGAUACACGCUCUUUGUUCUGGCGUCAGAACUGAACCAAGUUGCUGAACGAGCAUGGUUCCGGAUAAAGCUGCGGCACCGCGUCAGUGGAAAAGCAUCAUGAGUUUACUAACCACGUACUAAUCCCGGUAAUGUAUUAGCACGUUUGCUAUUUAACUUGCUAAAGUGUGUUUCUCUGCAGUCUCUGAUGCCAAUGAUGCUCUGAUGCGUUCCCUCAUUGCUGAAACGGAACCGAAAAAUACGUAAAGGAACUGUACGGAUGCACAAACAGGCUGUUUUUUUUUGUUGUUGUUUUUUACUGCGUUGGCAAUAUUACUCUUGGAAAUAACUACAGACUGUUGGAGAAAUAUUGGAUCGCUUCUGUAAAACUGAAUGUUACAUCGAGACAUCCGUGAUGAUGAUAAUAUUGUGAAAUAAUUGUGCAAUUGAUUACUGGCACAUGCUUCUAAGCAAAUGAAUCGCAAUACCACUUUCCAGAUCGAGUUAUUAAAUGUACGACAUACGAAUGGA